GGCAAGCUGGAGCAUCUACCGUCGACCAGCUAGCCACCAAGCCCCAGCGGCAUCCAUCUGCCGCAAGUCUCUUCAGAUGGAUGAUCAAGGCAGGAUGAUAGACUUUGGUAUUCAAGGCCAUGAGUUCAGUCAAAGGACUACAAUACCUUGUCCAAAUAUUGGUCACCAUCAGGACAAUGGACUUGAUGACCUGGAGUUUACUCAAGGAGCUACAGGACACCAAACAAAUAUUGGUCAGGACAAUGGACUUGAUGACUUGGAGUUCAGUCAAAGGAUCAUAGGACGCCGUCCUAAUUUUGGUACGCUGCAGCGUUGUGAUGACCUCGACUUUGACCAAAGGAGUGCAAGGCAGCAUGAGGAUAGUGGUACAAAAUCUCUUAAUCUCAGUCUUGUUAAUGUGGUGAAUUACUGAAAUUUAAUCAUGGAAGCACAAUUGCAUAUUAUGUAAUAUAGCUCCUUGUUAAUUGUGCAUGGCGAAGAUUGAAUAGUUCUCUACGAUUCCGCGGCCUUUGACGUACUUGUGCUUGUUCUUGCAAAUGGUAUCUAGUUCCACGGUAUGGGGCAAGAAACUGUGGUGUGUUUGCAUAGCCCGCAUCUACAAGAUAAUAUUUACCAUGAGGUACCUGAAAUCCAUGGUUAAGUGCAUCUUGGAGAACCCUUGCAUCCGAGGCUGAUCCUUCCCAGCCAGGAUGCACAUGCACAAACCUCAAAUCAAAGUCACAUGCAACCAUAACAUUUUGUGUGAUUGUUUGCUUUCUGUUUCGAUAUGGCUCUUGUUCAUGUGGUGAGAUAGUCAUUGGAAUAUGUGUACCAUCAAUAGCACCAAUGCAAUCAUGUAUUCAUAUUAUAUCAUGAGAUAUUAUUUUGAAUAAAACUUCAAACAACCAUAUUACAUUUACCAAUACAAAGUCAGAAAUAUAUGAAAAUGUAUGCUUACAUUGAAGUAGGGAUGGAAAUGUGAUCUCCUCAAGACUGGAUGUGGUCGAAGAGAAGGUGGGCGUAUAUAGAUGCUUGCAAGCUUUGUAAUUGCCUCUAGUACAUCUCCAAAGUGUCGACUGAUGGUUUGCCCACUGUGCUGGAACCUAUCCUGCAAGGUUUCAUUACUAGCAUUUUUUGCAACUGCAUAUAAAAAUAUGGCAACCUUUUCUUCCAAGGAGACUAUUGUAGAAUCUUCAAGUAUUUCAUUCUCACGCAGCUUCUCAACUAGAGCAUGAAAGAUGUAAGCCUCCAUUCUGAAAUGCCUUCUGCAUAAGCUUUCAUGCCCAUUUAAGAUUUCCUGGACAUAAGCAGCUCCUGUAAGACUAGAUGUAUGCAUUGGUUUUUUCUCCCUUCCUUCUUCCAUGGUAGGGAAGACAAAUAACAUGAAUUCAUCCUCCAUCUGUGACCUCCUGUGAUAGCUUGGAUCCAUUGAAAUGUGUGUAAAUCAGCAAGAAAUGCUGAAAAUAUUUGUAUGUUCUAUCAGUGAGAUGUGGAUCAGCAAAGAAAAUAUGGAGCUAAAUCAUAUUGUCAAUGCAUAUGUACUAACCUGUUGUUUAUGUUAUCCUGGUUGUUGUUGACGACCAUGCUAGAAG